AUGCCCACUUCAACCGCACUCGCUUCUUUUCUGCCCAACUUCUUGCUUACGCGUCUGAGAUGGGGAAAGUCUUGCUAUAUUCACCGCCUCAGCUUCGACAUCUUCGUCGACUCGGUCUUCAUCUAUCUGUACAUCGAGGACAUCAUGUGUUUGCGACGAGUGGAUCGCUUUUUCUUCUUGCUUACUCACGAGCCGGUCAUCUGGAAACGCUUCCUUGAGCGAAUGAAGACUCCCAUCCCUCCUUUACGACCCACGUUCCGAUACUCUUUCCAAGUAACCGACUUUGAAGUCGAACAACUUGUCACGCGUGCCAUUUCACUCGAGGACAACUGGCGCGAAGACACACCCCUUGUGAAAGUCCGCAGAAUAAUGGACUCGCACCAUCGCGUUCUUGAUAUGAGUCUGCUCCCCGGGGGAAAAUUCCUCGUCGCCUCCGUUCGCGACUUGGACAGCCAUCGCUAUUACCUCACGCUCUUUUCUCUCGAACAUCCCCAGGGCUGCUGUGCUGUGGCCAGACUGCCUACGGGCUCCAAGGCGUAUGACCUCCAAGCCAAGUAUAUCAAGUACAAGGGAAAACAGGGGAUCAUGAUUGCAUAUACCAAGCGGACCUUUCUGCACGGCGAAGUAAAUGGCGUCGACCCCUCAGACUAUAGCGACACUGAUGUCGUAGACCCAGCUGCGCCGCUCUGGUACGAAAACCUAUGUUGGCAUGUUUCUUUAGAUACUCUCGAGGAGUUAGUCGACCCACGAGUUAUACCCGGCUCAGCGGAAUUCCAAGAGCUUGCGAUGGAGCGCGAAAAACCUUUCUGUCAAAUCUCCUCAUACGAGUCUGAUAAACGUAUCAGCUCAUUGAGCUUGUUUGAACUGGACAAUACUCCACACAUUGCUUUUGUCCAGGGCCCGACAACAAUUGUCUUUGUCAAUCUGGACUCCGGCACUAUAAAACCGAUGUUGCUCCAGAACUACAACGGCGCGGCUGAAGGGGACCACAACAUCCGCACUUUUCGUGUCAUUCCCGCACAACACGACGUUAUGGUUAUUCGUUCGGUCACGUUCCAAGAGGCGGACACCCACAGCCAAACUGAGCACAAGGGAAUGGCAGAAUCCACCCAUUCGAACGAUGGCCAGUUGACCCACGAGAAUACGACAGUUUCCACAUCUCUGACCCCGUCAUUCAUUCCAUCGGCCUUGACCACCCCCCGUCUUCAACCCGCCUCCGGCCCGCCAGCGCCCAUCUCGCUAUACUGCCGCAUGACUGACCCUGCCGGUCUCGCCCACUACCUCAUCUGGCCCAAAAUCGUCGAGUCGCCCGGCCAACCAACGAAAUAUUUUUUCAACCUCGAGUUUGUUGUCCCACAGACUGUGCAUGUCAGCUCUCCCUACGCGACAAACGUCCUUCCCGGCGCCUCAAGAGCGCUCGUGUUUUCAGUCGAGAAUGAGCGACAAGGCUCGCCCCGGGUCAUGGCCGUGCGUCGGUACCUUUCGCCACAGCUCCAGCCUCUGUGGGCGCAACGCCCAAUGGAGGAUCCAGUCGAGCCUAUAUCCCGAAGACAGCGACCAGGGCUAUCGAAAAAAUGCUUUUCCACAUUCAAUCUUCCCCGUUCCAUUCGACGCAAGCUUGACGACGAAGGGCUGGCGGCGAUAACCUGGGACGAGGCUAUCGGGCGGGUCUGCAUUGCCUGUGGGAACGACCUGCAGAUCCACAUCUACGAUUUCGCGUUUAGCGUUCGGCCCGAUGACCGUUUUCGACAGUGGAAGAUGGCCCAGCAGAUCCGCCCCAACAUUGUAGACCCCGGGCAAGCCAUGCUUGCAUCGUAA